GGGACACCCCAUUGGGUCCUUUCUCAUUGCUAUAGCGUGACGGAAGGUGUACCAGCUACGCUGGCCCGAGGCUAUCUGGGUCCCACCGGCCACCGCUUCACGCUAGAAUUUGUCUCUCGCAGAUUACUCUUAGUCUCAGAAGAUUUUGCAGCUCUUUUGUAUGAUUUUCUGCCGUUUCUUGGCAAAAAUGGCAACCAGUGACACUGUUCUGAAGAGACUGGAACAGAAGGGGGCAGAGGCAGAUCAAAUCAUUGAGUAUCUCAAGCAGCAAGUUGCUCUUCUUAAGGAGAAAGCAAUUUUACAGACCACUUUGAGAGAGGAGAAGAAACUUCGAGUUGAAAAUGCUAAACUGAAGAAAGAAAUUGAAGAACUGAAACAAGAGCUAAUCCAGGCUGAAAUUCUAAAUGGAGUAAAACAAAUACCAGUCCCAUCUGGUACUCAGCUGCAGGCUAAUUCUACAUGUUCUGAAAAUAUGAUACAGUCUGCACCAAUAACAAGCAUGUCUUCUGGUGCCAAAGAACAGAUAAACAGAGGAGGAGGAGAAGAAAAGGCAAAAGAGAAAACUGAGAAGAAAGGAGAGAAGAAAGAGAAAAAACAACAGCAGUCAGUAGCAGGAAGUGCUGACUCUAAGCCAAUAGACGUUUCCCGUCUAGAUCUUCGAAUUGGUUGUAUCAUGACUGCCAAAAAACAUCCUGAUGCAGAUUCUUUGUAUGUAGAAGAAGUAGAUGUUGGAGAAACAGCCCCAAGAACAGUUGUCAGUGGCCUGGUGAAUCAUGUUCCUCUAGAACAGAUGCAAAAUCGGAUGGUGAUUUUACUUUGUAACCUGAAACCUGCAAGGAUGAGGGGAGUGCUGUCUCAGGCAAUGUUGAUGUGUGCUAGUUCACCAGAGAAGAUUGAAAUCUUGGCUCCUCCUAAUGGGUCUGUUCCUGGAGACAGAAUCACUUUUGAUGCUUUCCCUGGAGAGCCUGACAAGGAGCUGAAUCCUAAGAAGAAGAUUUGGGAGCAAAUCCAGCCUGAUCUUUACACUAAUGCUGAGUGUGUGGCUACAUACAAAGGAGCCCCCUUUGAGGUGAAAGGGAAGGGAGUGUGCAGGGCUCAAACUAUGAGCAACAGUGGAAUCAGAUAAAAUAAAAUGAUUCAGUUACUGAAUUUCAUUGGAGAAAAUUUUAAUAACAAUUAAAAAGAAUAUAUUUGUCACAUAUAACUCAAAA